AUGAUGCGGACUAAGAGAACCAACACCCAACCGUUAGAAGAUGCCUCCAUCUCGCCCGCCACCUUCAACGACGGCCUUCCGCUCCCGAAACUGAUCGCCUUUGAUCUCGACUAUACACUCUGGCCAUUCUGGGUCGACACGCACGUCAGCGCCCCAAUCAAACCCCGCGACAACAACUCCCGCUGCACGGAUCGCUGGAACGAGUCGUUCGCCUUCUACCCCGCCGUCUCCUCCAUCGUCUACGCCUGUAAAAGCAAGAACAUCCCUCUCGCUCUGGCCUCGCGCACUCACACCCCCGAUCUGGCCCGUGACAUGCUCAAAGCUCUGCACAUCAUUCCUACGUUCUCGGAUAACCCCGCCGCGAAGACGAAGUCGGUGCGCGCACUGGAUUACUUCGACUACGUGCAGAUCUUCCCAGCGAACAAGACGCAGCACUUCUCGCGCAUUCAGCAGGCGAGCGGGGUGGCGUAUGAAGAGAUGCUGUUCUUUGAUGAUGAGGCGAGGAAUCGAAAUGUUGAGACCGAGUUGGGGGUGACUUUCUGUUUGGUCAAGGAUGGGAUGACGAGGGAGGAGGUGGAUCGGGGCGUUUGGGCGUGGCGGAAGAGGAAUGGGAUUAAGCAGCGCAAGGAGGGGGAGGCAGAGAAUGGGGAUGAAGAGUGA